AAGAUGGUACAGCAACAAGAAACAGGGCGGUAGCAUAAGAAGAUAUUCGGCUCUCUGAUUGGCUGCGUCCGCUGUCAAUCAUUCCUGACGGCUCGGCAGCACCUCCCACAGACGCACAGCGGCAGCACAGCUUCCACCGACAAUGAUAUUCAAGGCACUUGCGGCUCGUCUGCAGCGAUAGGAGAAAAGAGGAGAGAAAGAGAGAACCUCACCUCCUCAAGCAGCGAGUGAGGUAGAGGAAAAGAGACAGAAAGCGACAGAGGAAAGAGCCAGAGGAAGAAGAGAAGAGGCUGUGGAGUUAAUAAAAAAAUAAAAAAUCAAAAAAAGAGAGACAGCAGCGGCUUGGACCUCCAGCGAGGACUGUUUAAUUGUCUGCGCUUUAUUCCAAAGUGUUUAAUUUGAACACAGAUUCGACAUGUCAUCGUCCGGUAAAGACAACAGCGGUGCCCAACAUGCCAAUUACGUGGGACCUUACCGUUUGGAGAAGACGCUCGGGAAAGGACAGACAGGAUUGGUCAAGCUUGGAGUCCACUGUGUAACAUGCCAGAAAGUCGCCAUAAAGAUUGUCAACCGUGAGAAACUCAGCGAGUCAGUACUAAUGAAGGUGGAGCGAGAAAUAGCUAUUCUGAAGCUCAUAGAACACCCACAUGUUUUAAAGCUACAUGACGUCUACGAAAAUAAAAAAUACUUGUACCUGGUGCUAGAACAUGUGUCUGGUGGUGAGCUGUUUGACUACUUGGUGAAGAAAGGCAGGUUAACACCUAAAGAAGCCAGAAAAUUCUUCAGACAGAUCAUGUCUGCCCUGGAUUUUUGCCACAGUCAUUCCAUAUGCCACAGGGAUCUGAAGCCCGAAAACCUGUUGCUAGAUGAAAAGAACAACAUCAGGAUAGCAGACUUUGGCAUGGCCUCCCUUCAGGUUGGAGACAGUCUGCUGGAAACCAGCUGUGGAUCUCCGCACUACGCCUGUCCAGAGGUCAUCAGGGGAGAGAAGUAUGAUGGGAGGAAAGCAGACGUCUGGAGCUGUGGGGUCAUUCUUUUUGCCCUGUUGGUGGGCGCCCUGCCGUUUGAUGAUGACAACCUGAGGAAUCUUCUGGAGAAGGUGAAGUUGGGAGUGUUUCACAUGCCACACUUCAUCCCUCCAGACUGUCAGAACCUUCUCCGUGGCAUGAUUGAAGUGGAUGCUACCAAAAGACUAACGUUAGAACAGAUCCAGAAGCACACAUGGUACAUAGGGGGGAAGAACGAACCAGAGCCAGAGCAGCCUGUGCCCAGGAAGGUGACCAUCCGCAGCCUGCCCUCUGCAGACGAUAUCGACCCAGACGUACUGGACAGCAUGCACUCCCUGGGCUGCUUCAGAGACAAAAACAAACUACUGAAAGACCUGCUCUCAGAUGAUGACAACCAAGAAAAGAUGAUCUACUUCCUGUUGCUGGACCGUAAAGAGAGAUACCCAAGUCAGGAAGACCAGAAUCUGCCCCCUCGCAAUGAGAUUGAUCCUCCAAGGAAGCGGGUGGACUCUCCCAUGUUGAACCGACACGGCAAGAGGAGACCAGAGAGGAAGUCCAUGGAGGUCCUCAGUGUUACAGAUGGAGGCUCGCCUGUGCCGGCCAGGAGGGCUAUCGACAUGACGCAGCAUGGACAAAGUAAAUCAGUGUACAGUAAAAGCUUGGAUAUUCCUGACGCCAGUACAAAAUGCAGCAAAGAAGAAAGGUCGCGGUCUAUUAGUGGAGCCUCCUCUGGUCUCUCCACCAGCCCCCUCAGCAGCCCACGGGUUACCCCUCACCCCUCCCCUCGAGGCAGCCCCCUCCCCACCCCAAAGGGCACCCCAGUGCACACUCCCAAGGACAGCCCAGCUGGCACCCCCACCCCAACGCCGCCCCCCAGCCCCUCCAUUGGAGGUAUGCCGUGGCGGACGCGUCUCAACUCCAUCAAGAACAGCUUCCUGGGCUCACCACGCUUCCACCGCAGGAAACUCCAAGUUCCCACACAAGAGGAGAUGUCCAGCCUCACACCAGAGUCUUCCCCAGAACUUGCCAAAAAAUCCUGGUUUGGUAACUUCAUCAACCUGGAAAAAGAAGAGCAGAUCUUCAUUGUCAUCAAGGACAAGCCUCUCAGCUCCAUCAAGGCAGACAUCGUUCAAGCCUUUCUCUCGAUCCCCAGUCUGAGUCACAGUGUGAUCUCUCAGACCAGUUUUCGAGCAGAGUACAAGUCCACAGCCGGCCCUACAGUCUUCCAGAAGCCGGUCAAAUUUCAGGUGGAUAUCACCUACACGGAGAGCACAGCUGCCACUAAGGAGAAUGGCAUCUACUCUGUCACCUUCACCCUGCUCUCAGGACCCAGCCGGCGCUUUAAGCGAGUAGUGGAGACGAUUCAGAGCCAAUUGUUAAGCACACACGACCAGCCUGGAGUCCAACAGCUGUCUGGCAGCCCAUUGAGUAACUUCUUUGACGUAAUUAAACAACUUUUUUCAGACGAGAAGAACGGACAGGUGCCCUUCCCCUCUGGCACGCCCUCCAAGCACUGCCCCUCGCCCAUGCACGCCAGGAGGCACGAGCCAGAAAAUAAUGACACCAAAUGCCCUGCUGCGGGCCGAGACAGAGCCAAGUUGUCGGUGGCGUCUGUGGGGACACAGGAGGAGUCUUAAACUGAGACACUGUGUAGUUGAGCCAGUGCUAACCCAUCCCAGUAUCACUUUAAGCCAGCCGCACAGAGAGAAUAUUCUAUCUGUACAUAGCUAGAUGUAUAUAAUCAUUUAUGAACAUUUCUUUUUGUAUAAAAUGACUUUAUAUAGAUAGAAAUAUAUUGAGAGAAUCAAAGUGAUAUUUUACAAACAGCAUACUGCACCUACAUGACAAACACACUCCUGUUCUUCCAUUCUCCUUUUCAUCACCCACUCAAUGUUCACCAUUAUCAUCCACCCCUCCACCCCACCAGUCAAAUCGCCUGUGGCCCUUGCUCUGUUUUUUGCUCCCUUGCUGCUAAUCUGUAUGAUGACCUGACUUGUUUCUGAUACCAGGAAUUAUCCAGAAAACCUAUUAAGCCCCUCCUCCUGCUCCCUGCUCCGUUCGCCCUCCCUCCACCACCACCCCUCCGCCGCCACCACCACUACCACCAGCACCACCACCAACCGCCCCCCCGAGCUUGCCGAGAGAGACGGACAUUUGUUGACGGAGGACUGCUUUUAGAGGUGCGCUCAGAAAAGGAUGGUGGUGGGGAGUUACCAUGGAAACAGACCCUUCACGCAGACUUCUACUUUCAUCUCCCUCUGCACCCCUUCUACACCUCUGGCAGCCAUCAGUAGUCGUUGAAAAUACCUUUAGUGUUCCCUACUCAUGUUAGAAACACACAAACACACACGUGCACAACUCAUCUACACACAUCUUUAUGAAACAAGAACGCACACUCCCCUCUCCAACCGGCUCCCUUUUUCCUCUCUUUUCGAGCUCAAGGUGCACUGAUUAAUUGGAAAACAAGCAUUUUACAACAAGACAACACAUACAAACAGAAAAUAUAUAUACAUGCAUACAUGCACAGGUUUAGUAUGCAUAAAAAACUCUGGGAUGGAUUAACAAGAGCAUGAACAACAACAACAACAACAACAACAACAACAGCAACCACAACAACAAAAAGAAGACAUGCAGAAAAAACUGACUGAUUCAGAGGAGGAGAGAAGGGGGAGGAGUUUUGUGGAAAGCCCAAACAGCCGACGCGGAUGCUUGCUGGAUUGUAUUUGUUUGCUUUUUAAUGUACUUUCUUUGUGAAGAACUGGGUUUAAAAUACUAACUGACUUUAUUAGACUUAAUACUAUUGCUGCAAACGGACUGGAAUUGUGAUUUCAGAGAGGAGCGGGGUGUGAGCAGAACAGGGCAGGGGCAGGGGCAGUGGGGGAGAUAUGAUAUGAUAUGAUAUGAUAGUAUAGGGUUGGGGGGAGGGACGUGGGUGGGUAUGUGGGUAUUUAAAAUGAAUGAUCUAUUCUGUUGUACAGACUGAUAUCAUUUCUUAUGUAAAAAAAAUGAAAUGUCUAGUGGUGACACUAUGUUUAGAUACCAUAGGGACAGGUUGGUAAACCUGCACCUGCCACAUACUGUUAUUUUAAAUUCUUCUGUGUAUUUUUGUUACAUCAUCAUUUCUGUCUUUGUUUGAUUGACCUAAUACUGAUCCAAACAUUCCUGUUCCCUGUUAUCUGCAGCACUUUGUCUUUGGUUUUCCAUUCAUACCUCUCUCUUAGUCUCACUUACCAGCAGUAGGAGUAGAGGAACAAAAAAAAUGAUGACAUGAUAAAUGCAAUUGUGGAUAUUUUUGUAUUUUUGUCCUUAUUUAUUCAUGUUUGUUCAUCUCACUGUUUGGAUUCCUAAUUUAUUAUUACUUGGCUAUUUAUAUGAACAAAGCUGUUAGGUCAGUUGAAUGUUAUUUAUUACCCUCUUGUGUGUUCGUAAAUUGGGCAAACAUUUGAAGAAAAAACAGACUUUCUUUUCUUUUGUUUUGGUCCGACUUUAACAGAAUUAUGUGAACAUUGACAAAGUCACAAAUUCUCCUUUCCCUGACCUCUCUGAAGAGGGAAAGAGAACUUGUGGGAACUCUUGGAAAAAAAUGAUUUACCAGUAAUUUAAGAAUGUAGACUUAGCCUCUUUUUGGAGAGGGAAUAUGCUCUUCUAUCAAUAUUUGUCAGUUUCAUAUUAUUGUGCGUGUAGGCCAGGCCUGAGGAGAAGCACACCACAGAUCCCAGUCUACUUCUUCUCUUUGUAAAUAGACAGACAAACCUUGGGGGUUGAUUGUCUUCUCAACCAUGCUGGGGAUUCCUGCUCUAUGCUUUUAGCUUGUAUUGCUGUGUGCAUGUCAAACAUGAGCUUUUCUUUGCAUGGCUUUAGUGUUAAUGUCCCAUGCCAAAACUCACUCCUUCUCUCAGCCUUCAUUGAUUCUCUCUCCACAAAACUACUUUUUAAUGUUUUAAAUUCCCCCCUCUGUCCCUUACUUUUCACCCUCUCUGCUUUUAUAUCUGGCCUUCUUUUUGUUUUCUUUUUUUUUUUUUUUUUCUUAUUGUCCCCUUGCUCCCGCUGAUCUUUACCUUCCUCCUCCUCCUCCUCCUCCUCCUCCUCUUAUCUUGUGCACAAAGUUUUUGAACGAUGCUUCCUUUACUCUGUACCUCUCUCUGGAAGGCUCAGUGGUCUGAGCUCUCUCUACCUGUAAGUAGAAGAGGCACAGGGAGUGGAUAUCAGUACUACAAACACAAAGCAAUACCCUAUUGUUCACCCUCCUUUCUGUUUUCUACAAUGGGAAGCUAGCAGCACUAAGGACAUCCAAUGAUUCUGAGGUCCAGAGUGGCCUUUUGACAGAGCAGGAACAAAACUUACUGAUGUAAUCCCCAUAUAACAUAACUGUGAGCAUCUUCAGUGCUGAAACAAAUAAACUCAUUCAGUUAUGGUG